GAGCAUGUGCUCUUCCUCACUCACUCUUUGCCCCGGCCAGACUUGGACGUGACUGCCUUGCCCAUCAUUAAAGGCCGUUCGUAAAGUCAGCGAGCUGAAAUCGUUCCGAAAACGUCUCUGGCUCUCAAAAACGUGGUUGUGAUUGAGUGAUACAACUAGCUCACACAUCUUGAUCAAGCCAAGGUGAUCGCUGUUCACCACCUUCGAUUCCAAUUUACGCCACGCCUACUCAGUGAAGGGCCCCACCUUGACUACAAAAAUGGCCGCUCAAGGACAAGAAGAAGAUGGACCUCCUUUGUCCGAAUUGGAAAGUUUGCAACUCAGGUCCAAUGAGGUCACCGACGAGUCCCUCGAUUCCACGAGGAGGAUGAAAUCCAUGUGUGAGGAGGCCAAGGACUCGGGGAUCAAGACCUUGGUCAUGCUGGAUGAUCAGGGCGAGCAGCUCGAGAAAUUCGAAUCGGGGAUGGAUGCCAUCAAUGCCGACAUGAAACUAGCCGAGCAAGCCUUGAGGUCGAUGGAUUUGUUAUGCGGGAUUUUCCCAAAAUUUUGGAAAAAGAGCGGCGGAUUCAAGGAAGAUGAUGCAGUCUGGGGUGAACAAAAGGCCCAAGGUGGUGGCCCCCCUCCUCCUCCAGGGGUCGAAAUCCCCAAUGGAGCAUUUGUGGCGAAGAUCACGAACGAUGCACGGGAAGAGGAGAUGGAGGAGAACAUGGAGCAAGUGUCGGCCAUGAUUGGUAACCUCCGGAACAUGGCCAAUGAUAUGCACGGCGAGCUCGGUAACCAGAACCAGCAGCUUGACCGCAUCAACGUCAAGGCCUCUUCUGACAUCACCCGUGUAAAGAUGGCCAACGACAAGGCCGCCGCUUUGAUGAAGUAACUCGAUACCACGUCAACAAGAUCCACUCCACCGACAAACCCCGGGAAUCAUGGUCUGUCCCACAAUUGGACUUGUUCUCGUCAUGAUGAUGACGACGACGACGCUUGUGAUAUCGUUAUGAACAUCAUCAUCAUCAUCUACAACAACAUUAUUAUUAGUACCCAUCAUCAUGAUAACCAUACACUACUUCUCCUCUUCCUCCUCCACUAAUUACUCCAACUUCAGUACGAACCGCCGGGCAAACUCGUGGUUGGCUUGGCGAGACAACUGAAUCAAUCCGUACUUUAUCAAUGCUCCCGUUUCUUUGAGAACAUUGGUUAGAACCAUUUGUUAUCUUCUGAUACAUGCUAAUAAUUGCUAAUGAGUGAACACGUGAUCCAAUUUCAUGUUGGUUCUCCCAACGGCCAAACACCGCACCGUUUCCGUAUCGAGCCCCCAAGGCCUCGACAAAAUCAAGCCUUACUCAGCGGAAGUGCUCGACCUCCUCUUCCUCUUCCUGUUCUUACUUCUUUCCUAACCGUUUUCUGCCCCAAACCAGAUGCAAUUCUAAUCGAUUGGUUGGUCAAUGACAAUAUUAUAUUGAAUGUAUCGCUUCAUGGUGACCUUUAUCAAGCAGUUUGUUUCCGUUUUCACUAACAAGGGCUCAGGACUCCCUUGCUCUGAUGCGUUUUUCGUUCCGUUCAUUUCAAAAAGCUUGCUUUCUCUACCUCAACAAAAGCCAAUCCACGACACUGAUUCUUUGUAUCCUGGGCUGGAUGGCCUUUAAGAAAGCAAUGUCAAACUCAAUAGAUAAGCCUUCAGUAGGCUUGAAUAAUGUCAGCUAUUACCCCCUGAAUCUGAUUUUCACGUUUUGAUCACGAAAAUUAUGAAAUAGAUUGAGCAGCAAUCCGUACAUCAAUUCAGAUACAUUAUGUCACAGAGAAAUCCGGCACUCGUAAAUCCUCUGUCCAACAUCAUUCAUUAUUCGAGUGACCUAUUGGAUAUGAUCAUAGAGUCCUUUUCUACUUCUAGUUACUUCCUGAGUAAAUCUACUCGAACGAUCUUACACCCUUGAACUCAUAAAUGCUACAAACAAUUGUUCUCCUCCGAUAACUUUUCAUGGAACUUGAGAGUUCCGAUUGGUUUCUCUUUCCUUUCUGUCAAACAACAUUGUCCAUGCUCGUAAUUCUUCAUAAAAAAGUGCGCUGUGACCACCUGAAGUCGGACAUGAAUGAUGAAAUAACUUAUCCAAACAACACUCAUAACAUUACUAUUACGAUUAUCAUUAUCAUUAUUGCAACAGCUAAAGCAACAAAGAUACUUGUUAUUAACAUUAUUAUAUUAUUAUUAUUAUUAUUAUCAUUAUUAUUAUUACUAUUACUACUACUACCACUACUACUAGGAUUAAUAGUCAAAGCCAUAAUAUCCAAAUGUUCUUCAUCCAUCGCUACCACUUCAAGAAAUUUAACGACGAUAACUCCAAAUACAAAAUUCUUAGCCUCGACUGUUAUGUAUCAGGAAGAUUCGCUCAAGUCAAUUUUUUGGUGAGGAGAAAACUCUAAUUCGUUGAUAGAGGAAACUAGAAAUAUACUUAUACACUUGCAUUUCACCCACUCAUUUAACAUUCCACACACAAGUUUUGGCCAUGAAACGAAAGCAUGCCAUUUUACUGCACAUCACACGCGAAAGUUUGGCUCCAUGGAUUGGGCUGACCUUUUCGUUGUUCAAGGUUGAUUUGAAUGUUCAUUCCUUUGCAUGGACCUUUCUUCUCUCACAUCUCGUGUUAAAUACAGAAGGAUUUCUGUCACAAAAGUAAGUUAGUCGAAACGACAUCUUUCACUCUAUCUAUUGAUAUCAAAAUUUGGAGACGAAAAAAUCAAUUUCCCAGAUAGUGACCACAAAUGCGGCUGCGAUGAUGAUUAUCACUAUGAACAAACAGUACGUAUGUGUUGAUCGAAUGCGCAAUAACUGAUUUUAGUUCUAGAAUGAGCUCGUGAGUUUCAUGUACCACUUGUAUGCGCCUGUAACCUUGAAUUGGAAUAGAAUCUAUCAGGAGUUGACUUUA